UGUUUCCUCUAAAAUGUAUAUAUAGAUUUAUACAUAUAUAAAUGUUCAAAAUACAUAUUCACUUAUUAUUUAUAUAUCAAAUUAUAUUAUAUAUACUGUAUUUAGUGUAUUCACUAAUUACUUUUAAGCCAGUAUCGUAACUUUUAUAUUCUGCGUGUAUUGUACCUAGAGUCAACUGUUUUCGACUCAUUUUACAGCUUUUUUGGCAAGACGUAAACUAUACCUAAUAUUCUACCUGUUAAUUUAUUGAUAUAUCUAUUUUUAUUUUUAGCUUUUAAAACUCCAGCUAUGGUUGACUUUUAGCAACAGGAUGUAUUGGACAAACUUGUGCCUUUUAUGGCUCAUUUUGAGUCUGUUUGUUCAAGUCUAAUUGGGCUUAAUCUAAUAAAGUCUAACAAGUCUGCUGUCAUUGAUUACAAUAUAUCACUAGAAAGUUAGAAGUGAGGCAGACACAGCGUGUGUGUGUGUUAGUGCGCGCGCGAAUGUGUAAGGGAGAAAGAGAGCGCGCGCGCGCGAAAGAGAGAGAGAGAGGGAGAGAGAGAGCAACAGUGGCCGCGGCUCUUAAACCCUGAGUCUAUCUCUCUUCGCCUUCACUGAGGCUGUGGACUCUUCAGCUGCUGUUACUGCUGCUAAUCCAUUAACUCACCUUUGAUUGUGAUCAGUAGGUGAUCGAGCAGGGACCAGCUGAGAGAAGGAUGGCUGAGUGGACCUGAGUCUUCUGGACUUGGUCCAUCCUCUUCAUCUUCAUCUACAUCUUCAUUCCAGCCAUCCUUGUCUUCAUUAUCACUAUUUUCAUCUUCCUCACCUUCACUAUUAUGGCUGUUCUCCUGCACCUCUCCCGGUUGGGGCUGGCGCUGCUGUGCGCCGCUCAGUGCGCGCUGCUGGAAACGGUGGAUUUUAAGGGUUUUACCGAGGACAAGCAGCAGGGGACGCUGCAGAGACAAGACACCAUGACGGAGCACAUGCAGAUGUUGUACACGAAGUACAACCGCGCUGGGUUUGCCUUCAGGGACGGAAACACAGUGCGCAGCUUCAAAGCCCACUGGGGUUUGAUAAACGGGAAACAGUUGCAGGUUUUUAAUCUCACAUCUCUCACCAAAUCUGAGGAUGUUUUGUCAGCCACACUUCACUAUUACAUUGGAGAUGUUCAAAACUCCACACACAGUGGCCAUCCCCACCACCAUCAGCAGCAGCAGCAGCAGCACCGCCACGGGCCCCGGCGGCAUGGCCUAGUCCAUUUAAUCAUCUGGAGCUUUGCUUCAGUAGACAAUAGGUCUCGGACACUGGGGCAGUUCCGUAUAAAUGUGUCCACCUUCUACAGGGACUUCAUCUCAUGGCAGUGGAAGGACAUAACGCAAUUGGUCGGCCAGGCAAAGAACCAGGACCAGAUUCUAAUCGGCAUUGAGUUGGCUCCUCAGGGGCCGAGUUCCUGGAACAAGCAGGUGUCAGACAGAUUGGCCUACAUCCUAGUCUAUGCAAAUGACUCAGCCAUUUCUGAACCUGAGAAUGUGGUAGCCACUCUCCAAAGACAACGACUGGGUCGACGUGUUCAAAAUCACACCGAAACAGACCGGAAGACACGACACAAACGGGCGACCGACGUUCCACUACCACUGCAGAACAAUGAGCUCCCAGGAUCCGAAUACCCGUACGAUACCACUGGCUGGGAUGAGGGUAGUCCGUACAAACCAUAUCAGAGCAAACAAAGCCGUCGACCGCGGAAAAAGAUUCGGCAGAAGAGUCAGCGACACAAGGUUCCUGUGCUGCAGUUUGACGAGCAGACCAUAAAAAAGGCCAGAAAGAAGCAGUGGAACGAGCCACGGAAUUGUGCACGACGAUACCUGAUGGUGGACUUUGCCGAUAUUGGCUGGAGUGAGUGGAUUAUAUCACCGGAGGCGUUUGAAGCCUACUACUGUUCAGGAUCCUGCCAGUUCCCGAUGCCAAAGACUCUAAAGCCUUCAAACCAUGCCACCAUCCAGAGCAUAGUGCGUGCAGUUGGUGUGGUUCCAGGAAUCCCGGAGCCGUGCUGCGUGCCGGAGAAGAUGUCGCCGCUCACCAUUCUCUACUUUGACGAGGACAAGAACGUGGUGCUGAAGGUUUAUCCCAACAUGAUCGUGGACUCAUGUGCCUGCAGAUAGUUCCCCUGUGGGUUCUUCUUCUUCGUUUUUCUCCAGAGCUACGUCUUCACAAUAUAAAGUGAAUCCCUCCUCCUGUCUUGAUUGACCACGUACAGCUUGAACACUGGAGAUGAAGGAGGAUGGUGGAGACUUGACCACACCAGAAUGGAUGAAUCACACGACUUCAAGUGGAGUAUUAAACUCAGACAAAUGUGAUCUCGCUCCAGAGAGAUGAAAAACAUUAUUGUUUUUGGUUUUUAUUUUUAUUUUAGUGACGUGGUCAAAGUGGUUUUCCUGGAUAUGAUCUGGUCUGUGGUCGUCACUAACUUCUAUGCUCGCACUUGCAUGGUUUCAGCUCCUGUGUUUGUAUUUAUGUCUGUAUGUCACUGUGUUAUAUUUACUAUAAGAGAAGUUAUUGAUUGUUCAUUCGCUGACAUGUUUUUUUGCCCGGCUGCUACAGAGAGAGAAAUAUAUUAAGAUGAGGAGCUUCACAGUCGGUGAAACAGACAAACAUAAACACAACAGGUUUACAAGUAAAUCUACUUUGACAGUCCACUGUUUUAAGGAAAACAACAUUUUAUUUUAAAGAUAAAAGUUUUAAACAUAUGAAAAUAUAUAUUUUUUAAAUAUAAAAUAAAUAUGUAUUAAACUGUAAAACGUUUAUUUUAAAACUUUAUACUUCAAAUUCAUUGGGUUUCCCAUGGAAAGAAAUUGGUUGUUUUUAUGACUAUUGACUAUUUACGUUUAUAUUUUUUGAACAAUAAUAGAAGAAAGUACAGUAACAUUGGUCUUUGAGCGGCCCCUGUGUGUAGAACAUGAUAAAACUAAAAAACUUCUUUUAUCUGUAGCUAAGAUCAGUUUUUCACUGUCAUCAGAGCCGCACUCUGAGGCAGUUAACAGCAGGGGGAGCUCACAGUACACGCAACUCUAAUGUUCUACCAGAACGUAAUACCAAAACAUUUUUUUGGUAGGCAUCCCUUCAACAUUAAGGUCAUUGUAACGUUUGAAUUAAAUUUACUGAUCUGGAAUCAGUUUCAUAUUUAGCUUAUUGUCUUUUUUUCUUUAUAUGUAAUUACAUGAAAAAGGUCCUAAACGUUUUUUUAGUAGUUUUUAUACAAAUAUAAUUAAAAAAAAACUCUUUUUUUUUCUUAGCAGAUUGUCUAUUUUUAUAAGUUGAAACAUUUAUGAUGAUAUAAAAAAAAUAAAGUAUGCUAAUGUUAAUAACCAGCAUGGUUAUUAACAUCCAGCCAUAUAAGGCGAGUUUUCAUUUUGCCUUAUAUGAAAUAUCAUUAUUAUUAUUAAAGUGUUUGCCUUCUACUUUCUAUAGAACUUAACAAUGUUGUGGAUUUAAUUUCCACAUAAAACCUUUGCUUUCAGAAAUCUGUUAUUUAAUCAUGUAGAUAUACAGUAUAAUAUAUGCAUUUUUGUUUAGUCUCAGACUCACAGUUCAUUGUCAGAAAUUGGGCUUUAAUCUCAUAUCCCUGCUGACUUUGAUGGUAGAACUCUGACUGUAAAUGAGACUAUAAUGUCAAAUGUGUUAUUACAGCCAUCUGAAUUAUAUUACAUGGUUUUGAUCUCAGAUAUUCUUAUAUUAUAAUUAUGUCUUAAUUCUCACAGAUCACAACACCUUUCCUCACAUUCCUUUCAGGUAACUAUUUCAGAUAACAUUAUGGUUGACACAAAACUAAUCUAAAAAACAAAACCUCUGUUGUCACUAUUCCUGUUUCAGUUCUUUUUGAGUGCUUAAGUCAGUUUAUGUUAUAUAUUGUAUAAUGACAAUUAUUGUUUACGUUUUAUCAGUGUAUGUCAACACAAAGUUUAGUAUUGUCACCUUUUUUUACAUUGAAGAAGAACAUUGGUUGCACAACAGGUUGGUUACACACGAUAUUUUUUAUAUCCCUGUUCACUUCAUUUUUUAAAAAAACAAUCGUGUACAACAAGCCUUAUAAAUACAUUUGUAUAUGAAAAUUAACCCUAAACUUGUGUCUAUUUAUUUACAUGUUGCAUAAAAGUAGGUGGUGUGGUCACGGUCAAGGGAGAAAAUAUGAAAAUCAUAUAAAGUGGAAAUAAAGCUUCACAUUUACUAUAUAAAGCUCUUGUUCUUAUUAAAAAAAGUGAAA